ACACGAGAGCCUUUGAUUUGGAAUGAUUGGAAUGUACAAGUUUAAUCUCCAUACUUUGAUAUCUUUACAUUGUCUAAAUCGUCUUUGAUAUCGUGUAUUCAUUUGUGAUGAAAUAAUUUCGUGUUGUGGAUUACUUUGUUUCGGCUGUAUAUAAUUCUUCUUGGCUCUUGAAAUAUAGGCAGUAAAAAUGAAGUUAAAUUCUGAUAUAAAAAUAGUUGGAGAACAUGUCGUGUUAGUGCCUUACAGAGAGAUUCAUGUGGAGAAGUACCAUUCAUGGAUGAGUACUGAAGAGCUCCAGAUACUCACAGCAUCAGAGCCUUUAUCACUGGAGGAAGAGUAUGAAAUGCAAAAAUCUUGGAGAGAGGAUGCAGAUAAAUGCACUUUUAUUAUCCUGGAUAAGGCCAAGUUUGACAAGGAUGGCGAUGAAAUAAGUGCAAUGAUUGGAGACACAAACAUAUUUAUAAAAGGGUCUGAUGCCUCAACAGGUGAAAUAGAAAUAAUGAUAGCAGAAAAAACAGCCAGGGGUAAAAGGCUAGGAUGGGAAGCUGUCAUUCUUAUGUUAUUGUAUGGAAUCAAAGAAAUAAAACUGCAACACUUUGAAGCCAAGAUAUUGAUGAAGAACUCAAUAAGUAUUGAAAUGUUCCAGAAGUUAGGGUUUGAAGAAACAUCCACAAGUGAUGUAUUUAAAGAAGUUACACUAGGAAAGGUAGUAAGCAAGGAGUGGACUGAAUUUUUGCACAAACAAUAUUUUUAUCAAAUACAACCACAUUAACAUUAACUUGUGA